AUGCGAUGUAAUACUUUAACUCCAACCAUGUCCGGUCGUGAAACAGAAGACAAAAACAUCGAGCAAGUAGAUAGAAAGAGGAAAGGAGACUCAUUUGAUGAAUUGGAAAUUGAUUUAAAUGCAUCCGUACCUUUGUCAAAGAAACAAAAGCGUUUAGCCAAGAAGGGAAAAUUGGAGGAAGAGCCAGCUCCAAAGGCGACAACGGUGCAGGAAUCCGAGCAAAAGCAAGAAAAGUCAAAGUAUGGUGUGUGGAUAGGAAAUUUAUCUUUUGACACGACUAUGGAAGAUCUUAUGAGGUUUUUGGUGGCUAAAUCAACCAUUCUGAAGGAAGAUAUAACGAGAGUGAAUCUUCCUAAAAAGGGGAACCAGAUUAAAGGAUUUGCUUAUGUUGAUGUGAAAAAUGAAGAACAAGUCGAAAAGUUGAUAGCUUUAAGUGAGCAGAAUUUAAAUGGACGUAACUUACUAAUCAAAAGUGCCACUUCUUUUGAAGGUCGGCCAGAGAAGGAGUCAAAGUUACCACCAAGCCGGAUCUUGUUUGUAGGUAACUUGAGUUUUGACACAACAGAAGAUAACUUGCGGGAGCACUUUCAACAUUGUGGAGAUAUUGUCAGGAUCAGAAUGGCUACAUUUCAAGAUACUGGAAAAUGUAAAGGUUUUGCUUUUAUCGACUUUAAGUCUGAAGAUGGUGCCAUCACUGCUAUGAAGUCAAAGCUUGCUAAAUCAAUGUUGAAUAGGAAGUUGAGGUUGGAGUAUGGAGAAGACAGAUCAAAGAGAAGACCAAAGAGUCAUGUGCGGGAAGAGGUGGUGGAAAAACAGGAGGUUGUUGAGAAUACUCCUGAGGUGAGGCCACAAAGAAAGCAGUACAGAGAGAGACCACAGGAAAAGCCGCAAGCUAGAGAAAAGUCGUCAGUCGCUUUGGCUACUGCUCAAAGAGCAAGUGCUGCCAUUGUACCGUCCGCGGGUAAGAAAAUUAAAUUCGAUUAA